AUGGAGUCUGGGAGGGCUCCAGGAGUGGAUGGCUGCCCAGUUGACUUCUAUAAGGCUUUUUGGUUGGAGUUGGGUGCAGAUCUGCUGAAGGUACUCAAUGAUAGCUUGUCAGAGGCUUUGUGCUAUCACAUGCCAUCUUGUAGUGAUGUCACAUGGCCCAUAAUUGCAAGAAACUCGUGUAAUGGCAAUCAACAGUCUCCUAUAGACAUCGUAACCGCCGAUGUCCAAGCUGAUGCCUGUUUAACCUCUUUCAACUUCAUUGGCUAUGAUGAUGACACCACUUUAACUGAGAUUAUAAAUACUGGCAAGACAAUAAAGGUUCAACUUGAUCACAAGAAAAUGUAUGUGGAAGGAGGUGAUCUGCCAGGCGUGUUUACCAGCAUACAGUUUCAUUUCCACUGGGGUACUGGCAGUGCCAUGCCAGGAUCUGAACACACUGUAGAUGGCAAACAAUACCCCAUGGCGCUGCACAUAGUGAAUAAAGCAGUAGCUGAUUCACAUAUAUUGGCUGCCUUUGGUUUCUUUAUUGAGGCCACUAAUGACAUUGGAAAACCAGGAAGCUGGAAGACCUUAACCUCUUAUUUGACAAAAAUUGCCAAUGAAGGUGAACGUGCAGGCAUCACCCAAUUUAUUUCCAUGGAUGAUCUGCUUCCUGGAGUGGACUGGACUAAAUAUUACUGUUAUUUCCGCUCACGGUCCCACGCCUGCCAUGAAAGUUUUGCUUAA